GGAAAAGAAUUACCCCGUAUUAAAGAAAUCGAGAAACGAGGAAUACUACGAGUACGUAAUUAUUUUUCCUACUUUUCUUUUAUUUAUUAUACACCGAUUCCCAAAUAGGCAAAUUUGGGAUUCUUCCCUUUUUCCUAAAGCAAAUUUUUUAUUAUUCAUUCUCCUUUUCCCCGAUUCUCUUCCGUUCUUAAAAACCAUCCUGAGUGAGGAAGAGCCACAGUCUAUCGAAUUCAUCAGAGAGGUCACCUUUGCCUCUCCCAAUCAGGCAUGCAUUGAGCCCCCCCUCCCCCCUUAUUUCCUACAUUUUUUAUUUUGCUUGUAGGGUUGGAGACUGAAUUUGACUGUUUCGGACUGAGGAAAAAGGGGUUUUUAUUCCAGAGGUUCUAAUGAUGUAUAUGCUGAGCUUCUUAGCUGAUGAUUGACCCUCUCGUCUACUAACAUAUGCUUUUGUCUUGGGUGAGAUGAAUUUCGGGUUGAUGGUCACCAACUAAUUGUGCUCAUUGGUGCAACUUGGAAGAAGUAGUUGCUCGGAUCUUUGGUUAGUUUUGGGUGUUUGGUUUGGUUGUACCAAGUCCAAUGAAGGAAGACAAGAGACCGUUUGUGGUGGAGACCCAAGACCUGGAUUUGGUGGCUGGCAUUGAGGAACUUCAAUGUUCCGAAAUGGAUGUGGAAACAAGCGAGAUUGGUGUAUCAAUGGGAUCAGAAGGAGGAGCCUGUAGCUGUGGGGUUAAGAAACUUAAAUUCGGGCUUGCAACUACUGAUUCAGACGUGAGGAAAGAUGAGAGUUCUGGGCAGGAAAAGAAGCUCAGUAGACAUGACAGGAUUGAGUUGGGGCGUAUGUUCCAGACUGCUGUUAGCUCUCAUAAUUGGGAACUCUCUGAGAAACUAAUCAUGUUUAGCGAUCCACAAACUCUCAAUGAUGCGUUAUGCGUUGCUCUGGAUUCUGUCUGGUUCAUGAGCACACACCAAGAUAUCUGUGGUAUAACAGCUUUAAUUAAGAAGAUCAUAUCAGAUGGUGCUUAUGACUUUACUCGAGCAGUUCUCCGUACUUCGUUUCUUGCUUCAUGUGUCUCUGCUUGUCAAAGUAGAACAAUGAGCCUCGGUGAUACUGUGAGUGUGAUGGCUCAAAGCAGGUUGCACGAGCGACUACAAGAAUGCAAUGGAGAUGAGAGUUUGAAAGCUGAAGCUGGAGCAAAGGUUCAGAAAUUCACUGAAUGGGCUCUUAACUGUAUAGGCUUCCAUUUGCGCUGCCAAGGAAAUGAGGAUACAGUAGGGUGCAACUCAGCCGCUGUUGUACAACUUCAGUUAUCUGCUUUCAAGACUUUUCUAGAUCUUGCUGGCAACAACCUUACUGGAAAGGACUUCACAGAAGCCUUUGAUGCAGCAUGCUUUCCUCUUACUCUCUUCUCUAUCUCAUCUGAUCCCCUUUGGUCAUCUGGUAUAUCGGCAACUGUUAUCCAUGGAUUGCUAGGGAUGUUGGUGGAGGGUGGUGCUGACAAUGUUAACCAGUGCUUUCUUGAAGCUUCACGUUUUGGAAGCACAGAGCUUGUUCGCAUUCUAUUGCAGAUUGCACAAAGAAACAGUUUGGACGUUGAUGUUGACCUGGCUUUGGGGUUUGCUUCACACUAUUGUAAAAUCGGAACAAUGGAAUGUCUAGUGGAGGAGGGGAAUGCCAUGGCAUUCUUGGGCCCACUGAUGAGGGCAGCUGAGAGGGGGUGCAUGCAGGUUGUUGAGUGGUUUGUGAAGAGGGGAUGUGGUGACAUGGAGCUCUGUCUAGCUCUGACGGCUGCUACAUCCAGCAGUCAGGUCAAAGCCGCAGCAUACCUCCUCCCACACGUGCCACACACAGUUCUCGCUGCCCUUAGUAUCGAGAUUCUCAAGGCAGCAGGCGAACGAAGUGGUGGGUCCCUCAACGGUGUGGCAUUCCUCCUUCAAUCUGAUUUUCUUGGGGACUCCACCUCCACUUAUACUGUUGCAGACAGCAUAGCCAGGUCUGACGAUGACGGGUCCGUCACUCCUCAGUUAAGGGCCUUUCUUCGAGAGAAUUGGUCUGAGGAAGCCUUUGCAGAGGGACUGAAACAAGGAAGAGAACAUUACAUGAACGUGGCAAGGAUCGUGAAAUGGGGCGAAUCUCCGAUUCGUUUGGCUGAUCUUCCGGGCCCACUUAGGGUCGCGAUAGCAUACCUGCCACUGUAUAGGGAGUGUGUUGAGGCGGGGGGUUGCCUGUUGUCACAGAGGCAGAGGGGACAAAUGUUGAGUGCAGCAGAGCGGCUUGAAGGUGUGAAGCUUGUCGAAGCAAACCUGGGAAGGAGAGAAUUGCUGGCUAUCUUGGAGCAUCAUAUUCCUCCAUUUUUGUUAAGCGAUGGCUAGAGAGUUUAGGUUUUGUGAUUGAUGAUGAUUGGAAGCAUCAUAAUAAGUGUCAAUAUCUCUGGGGUUGAAAAGUCUGUUAUAAAGCCCCAAGAAGAUGUGUCAAUUUCAUCUUGGGUCUAGUCUGGGUUGGGAGAUUUGUUUUAGGGUUUAAUGAGACUGGGCUUUCCUAUGCACCAUCUAUAAACUAUGCAGCAGAGGGAAGUUGAUACUGCAAGCGAGCUUGUAAAUUAUGUGCUUUCGUGGCAGUUUUUUCUCUCCUCUUGAUGGCUGAUACAUUGAUGAAAAUGCAUUAUUAUUUCUUGGAUACAUUGUGUAUAGCUAGCUCCC